AUGAGCGGUAACAAUCCCUAUGCCGUCAGCGGUGGGCAAGGAGGAUACCGUCCCAGCAACGAGACAAACCCCUAUGCACCAACCGGCACCUCGAACACAGUAGCCGGUAGUCGCUUCGCCGACCCUUAUGUGAACCCGCAGAACAAUGCGUCCUCGGCGUCCGUCAACAGUUUCGGCUCUCAUGAGCGCAGGCGCAGGUCGAAUCCGUACGACACACGCGAUAUAGAUGGCGCCAGCCCGAUGCCCUCGUCGAGGGCUGGAUCGGGGGGAGGUCCUCCCAUGGGAGCCUAUGGGGGAUUACCGCGGCCCAGAUACGCUGAUGCCGCUCCUCCGCCGCGGAACGACUAUGGCCACGGGAGAGAAAGAGAGCCCCAAGACUACGACCAGAGGCAGCAAACGCCGCCGUCGUUUCGGGGACGAGACCGAGCCUACAACGAGAAUCAGAGAGCCUACAAUGAGAGCAGGAGUCAAGAGAGAAGGGAGUUCCGAGAGCGAGCUCAAAUGCCGCCGCCGUCAACCAUGCCCGCAAAACCGAGUCUCCCCAGGCUGAACGAACAGACGCCCACGAACGGGUAUGCGGUGCAAAAUAAUUACCCUCCCCCCGAGAAUGCCAACAGGCAUUACUCCCCUCGUCGACCGACCAAAGGCAUGGAAGAAAUCAUGCGCCACAUCCAAGGAAACUGGAAGGACAUGGAAGGAGAUGAUUGUGUCCCGGUCAAGGUCGCUCUUAGGCUCAUGGAUCCUAGCUCUCUCGGUCUGGCGGAGAAAGAGGGGGACUUCUCAAACACACAUGCCGACCUGCAAAAGUGCCUGAAGUCGGUCGUGAACGAACACUACGCCGACUUCAACAGCGCUGUCGGAACAUAUCACAAGAUCCAGAAUGCCAUCAACGAGAGCCAGAGUCGUGUAAGGCAGCUGAAGUUGGGCUUGAUGAAUGUCAAAGACGGCAUGCUGAGUGCGCGGCCUGAAGUGAAGUCACUGGCCGAGCAAAGUGGUGAGCUCGACGACAUGCUCGCAACUCUGACCACUAUCGAAUCAUUCAAAGCUCUCCCUGGCAAGCUGGAAGAGAAGAUAAGCGAAAAGAAAUUCCUCGGAGCCGUAGAUCUCCUGAUGGACAGUCUCAAGAACAUCACCAAGACCGAAUUCGACGGCAUCGGCGCCAUUGCUGAUCUGCGAAGCUAUUUCGCCAACCAGGAAAGCACGUUGCUGGACAUACUCAUUGAGGAGUUGCACGAUCAUCUGUACCUGAGAAGCCCCUACUGCAAAGACCGAUGGAAGGGCAAGAAAGCCAACGGCGAGGAUAGAGAUCCCAAAGACACCAUGUUAAGCUCCGGGGUGAAUGCGUGGGAUCGACCGUUCAGCCAUUACCUGAACAACGUGGACCUUGCCUCUCCCAUGGUCGAAGACCCGACCAAGAACCCGGAAGCUGACACGUUCUACUACGUUCAUAUGAUUCUGGAGUCCCUGAACAAGCUCGGCCAGCUGGAUGAGGCUGUUUCGAGGAUCGAGCAAAGAAUGCCUAUGGAACUGUACAAAGUCGUGGAGAAGACGAACCACGACAUUGACGCGAAGUAUCCUGGUCACCGGAGAGGCCACCUCAACAGAACAAGUCGGAAAACCCUUUCGCUUCACACAAACGACGGCAGAGCUCAAGUUCUGUCCGACUUUCUCUGGACGUUGUACUCCAAAUUCGAGGCCAUCGCCGAGAGUCACCGAGUACUCCACGAAGUCAUUGGAGGUAUCGCACUUCGAGAGAAGGUAGCGAAGCCCGAGACCUACACCACGGGUUUCAAGGAGCUGUGGAAACUGUACCAGAUGGAAAUGCGAUCGAUACUACAUGACUACCUCGCAACUGAUGGCGAGAACAUGGCGCGGUCUGGGUUGAACUCAACAGCCACCAACGACGUGUUUGCGCGGCCUCAGCGCGACAAGAACAAGAAGAUGUUUAAGCUCUCCGAAAUAGACCAGAAAUCUGAGUCCAUGAAAGCCGAGGAGGACGAGCUGAAUGAGAUUCUCAAGAGCUCAGUGCCUGGCUUGGUGGGCAAAGGUCGAGCACGAGAUGGCACGGAUCUGGUUUCGGAUCGUGGUGGACAGGACAACACCGUCGCUGGGCACAAGCUGUUGAUCGAGCCAGGAGUCUUCAACAUGACGACGCUCCUCCCUCCGUCCUUGACGUUCCUACAGCGCCUCAAGGACAUUGUCCCCACGACAGCGCAUAUCCCCAUGAGCACACUGACAUCUUUCCUCGACGACUUCCUGAUCAACGUCUUCCAUCCACAACUUGAAGAAGCCGUCACAGAGCUUUGCGCCCAAGCUAUGAUUGACCUAGAAGCAUUCUCAGAAGACGUGCAGUGGUCGAAACACGCACUCCAUCCGAUCUUCAAGGGGACCGCUUCAUUCAUGGCCUUGGUUCGCGCGUUUUCGGCCAUGCUAUGCACCAUCCCCCAGGAUCAAAUGUUCACUCAGGUCAUCAUUGACCAAUUGAUCGUCUACUACGACAAGUGUCAUGGCUUCUACAAAGCGCUCGUGAGUCGCGUCGCCAAUCCCGAGUCGCCUCAAAACGGCAGUACGCUCUCAAUGAAAGCAGCCGCGUCGUUCGCAUCCUCGGGCGAAGUGCACGACGCAGCAUUAGAGUUGCUGACGUACCAUAAAUCCGGCGGUGACGGAGCUUCCAAGUCGGAUCUCACGGCGAAAGAAGUUCAAGCCCUCCUCGCCGCUACCAAAGCUGCUCCCCUGUCGGCGUACGACAUCAUCUCCGACCCCAAAUCGGUCCAUCAACUGUCGCUCCUCUACAACAGUAUGCAAUGGCUCGCCUCUGCGCUGGACCAGGUCCGCCACGUCGAGAACAGCACGCACUUCGGCUUGGUCGACACACGCCGGCCUUCUCAAGCGAAAGGUAUCCGUCGAUGGACGCUGAUCACAACGCUCAACGCGCCAGGCACCAAAAGGCACUCCAAUCCCGGCACGCCACUGCCGGUGUACCUACCACUCGGCAGCGAGACGGUCAUUGCAUUCGACCAGACCGUGCAGGCCUUCCGCACGCUAGCGCAAACAAGCCUGCUCACCCUGCACGUCGAUAUCCGGUGCGGGAUCAUCCACCAGCUCGCUCGCACAUUACGCGGACCAGAUGGAAUGGGUAGUCCCGUCUCAGCGAGCGAUACUCGCGACUCGGCCGCCGCCGCGACGGCCCCAGCCCUGGACUCGGGAUUAUAUCCCUACGUGUUAUCGGUGCCCCCGUCGUCUGCCUCGCCCCUCAUCCUCGAACUCAACAACGACCUCAUCGCCUUCGACUCCAACAUUGCGACGUACCUCCCGCCCAAGGAGCGGAACUUUAUCCUCCGUGGCCUCUCCCAUCUCGUGGACCGAUACCUCGUCGUGGCGGCCGACAGCAUCGGCGUCAUGAACGAGCACGGUGCCGAGAGGAUCCGCAUCGACGCCAUGGUCGUCCAGCAGAACUUGCGGGCCAUCCUGGCGAACACGGCACCCGCCAGACGCGCGAGCUGGGCCGGCGAAGCCACGCCCCGAGAUCUCCAGGCAGCCGGCGGGCUCGGCAUCGUAUCGGACGCGACGACGAUGAAGACAGCCGAGCAAGACCGCGCAGGCCGCGAUCCAGACUCGGAUGAAGACGAUGGCCUCCUCAAGCUGUCGAGCCGGUACUUUGACCUCUUCCUCACGGGCGCGGACAGCGUGCUGGCGUUCGUGCGCGAGUGCAAGGCCUCCAACCGGGAUGUCGGGUACACGUACGACGAACUCAGGACGCUGGUCGAGCUGUGCUUUAGCGCCAAACUGCGCGGCGAGGACCGCGAGGAGAGCGUGCGCGCGAGGAAGGGCUUGCAGGAUGCCUUGCUGGGUCUGGGCGAAGGCAUGUGGGAUUCAUAG